CCACUGUGCAAGAACUAAUUCAGCACUCGAGUCAUUUUAAUAUAAGUCUAGAUAUUUAUCCAUCAAUCAUCUCAGAUCAAGUUUGACAGUCGAAAACAGAUUAGACAUGCAAAUAAAGCUCUACCUUUGGAGCAUUUAUUCAAACAGGUCAUGUUUGAUUCCUAAAAGAUCCAAUGAAUCAAAUUUUUCUAACCUAUUGCUUGAUUCAUAGUAAUCCAGUAAUGGAGCCAUAAACAGCAACUCAAACGCAUCUCUCUGAUUUUGUAUAAAAAGAGGAAAGAAGCACACCUUUUGACUAGGGCUCCCAACGUGUGUGUGUGUAUUGGAAUCUCUAACGUCUAUAUUUCUGUGCUAAGACAAGCAUGCAGCCUGGAAAUAGUAGCCCAGAAUCUGCCAUUUUUCUGCUACAAUGUAUAAAUAUAUAGCUUGAGCUUGAGCUCCUCUGGAGCGGUGAUUGCAGUGAAAUCCAUGGCUAUUUACUUCCCACCAUACCAACCAACCAAAUUAAUUAACCCUGCAAAAAAGACAAGACAUUACAAAAUACAAGAAAUUAGACAAAAUACUUCGAAGAUUCUUAUCUCUGAGACUUUGACAGAUAUGGAAUCAGCCACUUUUGGAUUUUUCGUAGAAUUGAGAUUUUUUCUUCUUCCUAGAUUGUCCAAGUAGAUCAUCAUUUUUACAAAUAUAACCUGAACGGUUGAUCAUAAGGAGGAGAAGAACUUGCUGUAGAAUUAUGGAUUCUAAUGAAGCAAGGGACGUGUUCCAAGCUCAAUCUCAUGUGUAUAAACACAUAUUCAACUUCGUGAGUUCUAUGUCACUGAAGUGUGCAGUUCAGCUCGGCAUACCAGAUAUAAUCAACAGCCAUGGCAGAGCCAUUACUCUACCGGAGUUGGUCACAGCACUUCAACUUCACCCAGCUAAAACUGGCCAUGUGCACCGGCUCAUGCGCCUAAUGGUACACUCUGGUUUCUUUGCUACAAAACAAGUCUGUAUGAAUCAAGAUGAACGAGAGGAAGUGGCAUAUGAUCUUACACCGUCUUCUAGGCUCCUCCUAAAAGACAAGGUUCCGAGCAUGUUACCCAUUGUUACAGCCAUGCUUGAUCCAGCUUUUACAACCCCAUGGCAGUUUUUGGGAAAAUGGUUCCGUGGGAAUGAGCUCACACCGUUUGAGACUGCACAUGGAAUGGGAUUGUGGGAAUACGGAGAUAAAAAUCCUGAGUUCAACAGUCUUUUUAAUGAAACAAUGGCCAGUGAUUCCGGAAUGAUGAACCUGGUCAUCAAAGACUGCAAGCCAAUCUUUGAGGGGUUGAGUUCUUUAAUUGAUGUAGGAGGCGGUACAGGAACAGUUGCUAGGAUCCUUUGUGAGGCUUUCCCCAACUUGAAAUGCACAGUUCUUGAACUUCCACAAGUUGUUGCUAACUUGCCGGAUAGUGCGAAUUUGAAGUUCAUUGCAGGUGAUAUGUUCAAUGCUAUUCCUCCAGCUGAUGCUAUCCUGCUCAAGUUGACUUUACAUGAUUUGAGCGACGAGGAAUGCUUGAAGGUUCUGAAGAAAUGUAGGGAAGCUAUUCCAGACAGUGGUCAAGGAAAGGUUAUUAUCAUAGAAAUUGUGAUAAACGAGGAGAAAGACGAGCACGAAUCAACUGAAGCAAAGCUCUUCUUUGACAUGUUGAUGAUGGUUGUGGUGACCGGAAGAGAGAGAAGUGAGAAAGAGUGGGAAAAGCUUUUUCUGGAGGCUGGUUUCAGCAAGUACAAGAUAACUCCCAUCUUCGGUUUAAGGUCCCUUAUUGAAGUUUAUCCUUAGAAACUAUCAUAUGCUGUAAGAUUUAUGCGACUGCUGAUCAGCGAUUUCAAUUCUUCCUUAAUAAAGUACUCAUUUUGAAAUAUCAAUCUUGAAAUACAUCAUUAUAUUUAAAUUCUUCACAAUUCCAAAUGAGUUUGCUGAUGCUUAAUCAACCCUAGGAUACUAACAGCUAAUCCCUAUUUCAAAGAGUUGAAUAGAAGAGUUUCAUACAAGUUAUGAACUAAAGGGGCAAUAUCUACUCCAUUAAAUACUUUUCCUACUGCUUAUACAAGUUUUUUGCCAAAGUCUAGGAGACCAGCCAUGUUUACAAGUAAUGUAUUUCAGCUUUUAUUAUUAAUCCAAUAUGGCCAAGAAAAAGUGCCAAGUAGAAGAAAGUGAAAUCAAACAAUGGCCACCAAUGAAGUAACAGAAGGAAAAGUCAAAUUGGAUCUCAACAAAAGUCAAUUGAAUCUGUAAUCAGAAAUCCUGCUAUGUUAAUAUUCCCCAAGUAUGUCUUACUGUCUUUUUACUAUGCUAAUCCUCAUAGUUAGCAUAUGAGGAUUUCCUUCUUUAGUCUUACUUUAUAAAUUAAC